UAAGCCAACAUAAGGAAUAAAAUCAAUCAGUAUGAAAUUUUAGAAUAAUAUUACGAGAACUUUUUGACUACCCUAUGUAAAUAUUAGAAAAAUGCGAUACAAUCAUGUUGUUGUUUUUUUUUUUUUUUAUUGACUUAUUUUUAUUUUAUGCUUAUUGAUAAAUCGAUUGAAAUGAAAAUCUAACAUAUGCCCAAAAAUAAAAAUGAAUCUUUUUGUUUUGAUUGUAAUUAUUCUCGAAUGUUGGUUUUUUUAAUAUUUUAAUUUGAUAUUAUUAAUCAAAUUGAAAAUGAUGUUAAACAUAGUUAUUUUAGUUGGCCUUUGCUUUUAUAAUUUUAGGAGACUUUUAAAAAUAUUAUUGAUUUUAUUAUAAAAAUGAAAAAUUUUAAUUAAGUCACUUAGAUUUUAUGAUAGAUAUAAACAUUUAGUUUUUCAACUUCAGUUUAUUGUUAAUUUUUAAGAUCAUGGCAAGAAAAUGUUUUUUUUUUCAGAUUUUGUGAUACAAACUCAACUAUAAAGAAACAAGUUAAGAAGUAAAAUUGUGAAGAGUUGAAAAUAGAAACAUAAUUAUGAAAUGCUCAUUAGCAACAUUGAUUUAUUCUUGUCAUGCUGACGAGAACUACUAAUAUAAAAAUUCCCAAGAGCGACAAAAAUAAAAAUGUUUACAUAAAGUUGUCUCAUUCUAAUUUAGAAAACUAAAGCUAAAUCUGCUAAUAAAAUGUAUGUCAUCUAAGUCUAGUACGUAUUAUCGUGUACUGUAGAUCCUAACAUUUUCAAGCUUCGGAAAUCACAUAAAUAUCCUCAAUGUGUUUUUUGAAAAUAAGAAUUUAAUCAUAAUUCUUUCUUUUUUUAACCUAAAGAAAAUAGCGCAAUCCUUAUGAGAUUAAUAUGUGAAACACGAUGUCGUUGCUGUUACUAAUCAUAGGAAGAUUAUUUUAUUCUAUUUAUUUUAAGACAUAUUUCUUUACCAUAAUUUUGCAUAAUCCUCCAAAAAUGGAAUAAGAAAGUCGAUCAUAUAUUAUAGCGAAAUGCUAUUGAUAUAAAAUCUGUAAUUGUAUAUUAACAACAGAGAAUCCGACGGAUUCUAACUUGAAUAUUUCUGUUAAAUUAUAUUUUAUUUUAUCUUUUUUUCUAUAUAAAGUUGUUGAUUUUUUUAAUCGAAUCAAUCUUGUUUAUGGCAUUAUCAGUGAAUAUUGUACUCGAGAAAGUUGUCCAACUAUGUCUGGUGGUCCUCGUUAUGAAUAUAGAUGGUGUGAUGGUAUUAAGUAUAAAAAACCAACAUCAUUAAGUGCUCCUGAUUAUAUAGCUUUACUUAUGGAAUGGGUUGAAACAAUAAUAAAUGAUGAAUCAAUAUUUCCGAUACAAGUUGGUACACCAUUUCCAAAAAAUUUUCGUUCAACAUGUAAAAAAUUACUUUCACGUUUAUAUCGAGUUUUUGUUCAUGUUUAUGUACAUCAUUUUGAUCGUGUAAUUGAUUUACAAGCGGAACCACAUGUUAAUAUGUGUUAUAAACAUUUUUGUUAUUUUUGUCAUGAAUUUGAUUUAUUAAAAAAAGAAGAAAUUGCUCCAUUGUAUGAAAUGACUAAUCGAUUAUGUCCAGAAGUACUUGGUGUUGUUAGACCAAAUUAA